GUCCCGGAGCCUUCACCACUGAGGGGGGUGGGGGGGUGGACAAGAAAAAAUUCACACUCCAAGCCAAACACUCUUCGGCCGGUCCUCCAUCCCUGGAUCAUGUCGUCCACCGGGUCAACCAACCACAACAAGCGUCUGACAUCGGAGACGGAUAACUCCCAGAGGCUGCUGGACAACGACUCUGCUCAGCACCUGAAGCUGAGGGACCGCCAGCGCUUCUUCGAAGAGGUGUACCACCACGAUGUGGACAACUACUUACCCUCCUCUCACCUGCAGAUUGACAGCAGGAAACCCCCGAUGGGCAGCAUCUCCUCCAUGGAGGUGAACGUGGACGUCCUGGAGCAGAUGGACCUGAUGGACAUAUCGGAUCAGGAGGCCCUCGAUGUGUUUCUCAACUCAGGUUCAGGAUCAGAUGAUGGAGCGUUGGUAUCUCCGCUGCCAGAGGCUGAGGAUGAGGAGGACGAUAACGAAGACGCCGAGGUGGUGUACAGGGAGCGCGCGCCUCUGAAGCGGCAGAGCGAAGUUUACCGCGGCUCCCAGUCUCGCACCUCCUCCUGCUCGUCCGGCUCCAGCGACACCAGCGCGGGAGGAGGCGACACGCCGGUCAUCCAGUCGGACGAUGAAGAGGUUCACGCCGACACCCUGCUGCUGACCUCCGUCCCCCAAGCUAGAGACGAAGAGACAGAAGAGGAAGACGAGAAGGACAGAUGUCUCACCGCUGACCACGACAAAGACUGACUCUGUUCUGUAGAGAGCCUUGGUUUUCUCUCUCUCUGUUAUAUGACGUCCCUCCAGGUGAACUUCCAAGCAUGACUGACCCAGUCUGUUGAAUGUGUCUUGACCUUUCAGGAUUUCUUUUACAACAUAGUUUUAUUUUUUUCUUCUAAAAGUGACUU